AUGGCGGUUGCAACGCUGCCCCAGAAGGAUUUAUCUUGUGCAACAUCCAAUGCUGGCUCCUCAGGACUCCUGACCGGCUCGACCAGCCCGGAGACCGGCCGUGCGCCGAACAGAAAUGAUGCUGGGGAAACCCUCGAACGACGCAGCUUGACUGAUAUUUAUUACUUGGCAGGAAAAAAGGCGGUGCGCUUUUGUUUCUUAUAUCUUCUU